UACAAACCAGAGCCGCUCGCGUCGCCGUCGCAUCACCCCCGCCGCCGCCGCCGGCCAUGCCGCUGCGGCGCGGAGCCCUCCCGCGGGCGGCGCCCGGCGGCUCACUCCUCCGCCGGACCUGCUUCUUCCGCUGCUGCUGCUGCUUCUUGCGGCCGGCCACAACGGGCGUGGCGCCGCUCAGUUACCAGAUGAAAAAUUCCAGAUGGAAGCCAGUAUCUGCCUUGGAAACAGGUGGACCAUCUAAUGCUGAUAGCCAAGACUCUGAAGAUGAUGGUGGGUUUCUUAGCAGGACAAGGCUGGGAAGACUCAUCCAAGCCGCUGCAAGGGAACUGCUCGAAAAGCUGAACUCUGCUAGAAGCAAAUCCCCCACAAAGAUAUUCCUUGUGCUCCUUGGCUUCUAUACCGCCAAUGCAUUGGCAACAAUCCUAGGGCAGACUGGUGACUGGGAUGUUCUUGUUGCUGGUAUUGUAGUGGGUGCCAUCGAGGGAAUUGGCAUGCUUAUGUACAGAAAGCCGGUGAGUAGAUCUCCAGGACGAUUCCAGUCAUUGGUUGCAAUGGUGAACUACUGGAAAUCUGGCGUAUGUCUGGGCCUCUUUGUGGAUGCCUUCAAAGUGGGAAGCUGAAUCUCUCACUAUCACCUUCUUUUAUCAACUUACCAACGUUAUUGAUUCACUGAGCUAAUGACACAAGUAAUGAACUCGAAGGCUCCAAGCUGCUCCUGUGGUGUUGUGUGCAGAGAUAGGUAUUCUGUGGAGUGUGAACAUUACCCAUCGGCUAUAAAAUGUACAUAUGAUGAAAUAGUCCUGUAUGAGAUUUAUGUAGUAUUACACUUGUCUGAUGUUCAUCUGUGUUUAUGGACAAAUAAUGAUGCCUGUUGUAAGAUGACUCUAUUCAGGCUAUCUCCACACCAUGCAAACCAUUUAAUU